UAGACUUUUAGGUACUGGCAUACAUUUUAGAUGAGGCCACCAUUCCAGCCCAUCUGAUUGUGAUGUGUUUGUUUAAUUCUUGAGCUCAUCCUAGAGCCAAUUGAAAAUGGUGUAAAGCUUACUAUCACCUUAUUCAUUCAUCACCACCAAGGCUUUAACAUGUCUCAAAUUCGGCAAAUCUCUACUAGUAUCGUCUGUCCAACUUGUGAGAAUGAUGAGUUAACUCAUAGAGUCGAGUUAAGUCCAUGGGAUCUUCGACUCCUUCAACUUGAGUACAUCCAGAAAGGGCUUCUCUUCCCAAAGCUAGCAGAGAAAGAAGUAGACCAGAGCUUGAUACAACACCUAAAAGUUUCCCUUUCUCGCACUUUGAAUAUCUUGUACCCACUAGCAGGUCGCUUAUCCCAGAUUGAAAACGAAGAUGGCACCACUUGCUUUUUCAUCAACUGUAACAGCGCAGGAGCCCAAUUUGUUCAUGCAGCUCAUGAUGGUGUCAGAGUGGCUGAUAUUCUCGACCCUAUUUACAUUCCUGGUGAGAUUAUCGAAAACCUAUUUUCUAUGAAUUCAGUUCUGAACUAUGAAGGCACUUCAAAACCAUUGCUUGCAGUGCAAAUCACUGAGCUUGCGGAUGGCAUAUUUAUUGGUUGCAGCAUAAACCAUGUGGUUGCAGAUGGCACCUCUUUCUGGCAUUUCUGUAAUACUUGGUCUCACAUCUCUCGUUCUGGCUCUGAUGAUACAGUUUCUCAAAGUAGUCCUCCUGUUUUUGGUCGUCAUUUUCUUGAUGGCCUAAUUGAUCUCCCAGUUCGCAUACCGUUCUCCCAAAUUCAAAUCCCGGAGACACUUAUUCAACAGACACCUUCUUCAACUCUUUUACAAAGGGUGUUUCAUUUUCCCAAAGAAAAAGUUGCACAGCUCAAAGCAAAGGCUAAUGCUGAGAUGGGUACAAAUAACAUCUCGUCCCUUCAGGCACUCAUGGCUCAUCUUUGGAGAGCCACAACACGUGGAAGACGUGAUGUCAAAUCCGAUGAAGAGACUACUUACAGGAUUGCAAUAGGGUUGAGGCAAAAAUUGAAGCCACCAUUGCCAAAUCUUUACAUGGGGAAUGCACUUCGAGGAGUUUCUACCAACUCCACUGCAAGUGAUCUGCUACAACACGGACUAGGAUGGACCGCUUUGAAAAUCAACAAAGCGAUUGCUUCCAUGACACCUGAAGAUGUGACAAGAGAAUUGGAGGACUGGGUAAAGGCCCCUAUCAUACGUCCAAGUUUAAGGGCUCAAACAAGAGUUCACAGCUUGCUCACAGGAAGCUCACCGCGGUUCAAUGUGUAUGGUAAUGAUUUUGGUUGGGGGAGACCGCUUGCUGUGAGAAGCGGAAAUGCAAAUAAAAUGAAUGGGAAGCUGACAGUGUUUCCUGGUGCUGAAGAAGGAAGUAUUGAUUUUGAAGUUUGCCUUUUGCCUGAGACUCUACAUGCUAUGGCGGACGAUGCAGAGUUCAUGGAAGCUGUGCUCACAUGAACUAGAUCUAUUUAUCACUUUACUUGAGAUAUCUAAAGGUAAGUAAACACUGACUUACCUAGCAGUUGAAUAAAGCAUUUCUAGCUAACUACUGUUGCUACCACACCAUCUCUAGUGAAGUAAUCAAGAUAUAAAUGUAAACUUAAUAAAUUAAGAAAGCAUGUACCUGUAAUAGAUAAUAAACUAAAUGAGCAGAUGCUUGAUGAGAUGCAA